AUGCGGACGCGCUCAUUCGGUGCCGAGUCAGUCGCGUUGGCCGUUUUGACGAGACGAGGUUUCGACAAGGGCUACAAGAAGCAUAUCGAUCUAGACGGUGGAAUCUGCAUUGACUCGCAGGCCCUGGUUGCAGGACCGCAUGCAAGCGAGCGCAGUUUACGAGUUCUUGCCAUCGAUUCGUGGCGGUCCGGUCGCGCGGCCGUGGACAAGAUUGCCAGUCUCUAUCAUUCUACAACUGGACGAUUUUUCGAGGUCCAAGCGGGCGAGGGCGAUGACGAGGGCGAUGACGAGGGCGAUGACGAGGGCGAGGGCAAUGACGAGAGCGGAGAGAGCUCACGAACCACCUAUCGUUACUCGUGCAAGAAGCGCUGGCAUGGCACGGACGACGGCCCGGUUUUGAUCCAAACACAAGCAGCUGCCACGGGCUGCCACGGGCUGCCACGGGCUGCCACGGGCUGCCACGGGCUGCCAUUCACUGUCACACCGCCGGCGGUGAAGGCGUGA